GUUGGAAAACAAAUAAUUCUCACAUUUUUAAAACUCAAAACUUUCUGAUAAUGAUUUGCUAUACGAAGUUUUAAAAGAUUAAAAGAUUUUUCGUGGUGUUCCUGAACGCUAUUUCCCCAAGCUCAGGCUUGAUCUAAUUUUUCAACCCAGGUUUCUUUGUUCAUAUUUUUAAUGGAUUUGAGUCUUUGCAGUCGCUAAAUCAUCGUUUUAAUAACAAAAAAACUUCCCAUUUUACUACUAUUAAUAAGAAAAACGUUAAAAUUAGUUUUAUAACAACGUUCAAAUAUUAUUUUUCCUACUUUACUUAAACGCAGCAUGAGACAGCCGAGUUUGAGACCUCUAUUGCGGCUGCGCAAAUUGUUUUUUCCCCGGAAACUCCUCGGUUGUUUUGAUGUCGGCUGGUUUUGUAGUCAUUUAUCAUAAGGAGAAGCAGAACUUUUCCCUAGUCUGUUUAGUUGUGUUUUACUGGAAAGAACACGCAGAAUAACCUUUAAAAUGGGCAGUCGAAGUUGAUUAAGGAAACUGUGCGGUGAAUGAAGGUAAACAUUUACUUAAAACAGCGAUUAGCUGUCCUGUUCACUGGCUAGCAGAGAGCUCUUUACUCUAUCAUUAAAGUUGGGUUCAACAUGGAUUGUACAGCGCUGGAAGUCGACGCUUUCAAAUUCGCGAAAACUGCUGUAACCUAUGACCAGAAUGCCAAAUAUAAUGAGGCUGUGUUUUAUUAUAAGGAGGCAGCCCAGGCUCUGAUAUAUGCAGGCAUGGCGGGGUCCAAACUGGAGGGGCUCCAGGACAAAGUGAGUGAAUACUUGGACCGUGUUCAGGCUCUCCACAAUGCAGUCCAGUCCCAGAAGAGCGACCCGCUGAAAUCCCGCCAUCAGGUGGAUCUGGAGCGUGCCCACUUCCUGGUUACCCAGGCCUUUGAGGAAGAUGAGAAGGGGAAUGAUGAUGAAGCUAUAGAACUGUACACUCAGGCAGUGGAGCUGUGCAUCAAAACGUCAAACGAGUCAUCCGACCAAAAUCUUCAGAUGAAGCUGAAGCAGCUGGCUCGUCAAGCCUUGGACAGAGCGGAAGGUCUUAAAGAGUCGCAGUCCAAAUCGAACUCGGCACAGUCUCAGGACAGAACGAAGCCCAGCAGCGGCUCUGGUUCUGGUGGACCGGUGCGUCAGUUUUUCCCCCUUGGGCCAGACUUCUCCCUCCAUGACCGACAGCACUCUCAACCAAUCAGAGCGGUCCAGUCAAGUGAGCCCCAGGGUCAGCGGUAUACAUCGGAGGAGAUCGAGGUCCUCAGGAGUACAUCUACAAUCAACGGCAUCGCCUAUGUGCCCUUUAUGAGUGUGGACUUAAAGGAACGAUUUGCCUUCCCUGUGCCCUUCUCGGACAAAACCGGGAAACUCGCCCUGUCACCCAAACAGAAAGCCAUUUUCUCCCGCUGGGUUCGACCAGAUGAGAUCUGCAAUAAUCCCACCAUGAUCAUGUCUGUGUCCAGCUUCAGCAUCAAACAGACGGUGGUCUCUGACUGUUCAUUUGUGGCUUCACUGGCCAUCAGUGCAGCUUAUGAGAGGCGUUACAACAAGAAACUCAUCACCAGCAUAAUCUACCCUCAGAACAGGCGAGGGGAGCCAGAGUAUAAUCCCUGUGGAAAGUACAUGGUCAAACUUCACAUCAACGGAGUGCCCAGAAAGGUGAUUAUUGAUGACUACCUGCCGGUGGAUCGUAACGGAGAGCUGCUCUGCUCCUACUCUAGUAACCGGAAUGAGUUAUGGGUUUCCCUGAUAGAGAAGGCCUACAUGAAGGUGAUGGGUGGCUAUGAUUUCCCCGGCUCCAACUCGAAUAUUGAUCUGCAUGCACUCACCGGCUGGAUCCCUGAGCGCAUUGCUAUGCACUCUGACAAUCAGUCAUUCAACAAGGAAGACACCUUCCGCAUGCUCUUCCAAAGAUUUCAUAGGGGUGAUGUUCUCAUCACCACGGCAACAGGAGUGAUGACUGAGGAGGAAGGGGAGAGAUGGGGCUUAGUGCCAACACAUGCCUAUGCAGUUCUUGACAUCAGGGAAUACAAGGGAAUGCGUUUCCUGCAGCUGAAAAAUCCGUGGAGUCAUCUGCGGUGGAAGGGGCGCUACAGUGAGCGAGAUGAGAAAAACUGGACUCCAGAGCUCCUUAAAUACCUCAACUUUGACCCCAAGACAGCACAGAAGUUUGAUAACGGGGUUUUCUGGAUUUCAUGGGAGGAUCUUUGUCAGUACUAUGAUGUCAUUUAUCUAAGCUGGAACCCUGCACUGUUUAAGGACUCCUCCUGUAUUCACAGUAGCUGGGAUGGAAAGCAGGGACCUGUGAAGGAUGUCUACAGCCUCGCAAAUAAUCCUCAGUACAAGCUGGAGGUCCAGUGUCCAGCAGGGGGAGCCGCUGUGUGGGUGCUGCUCACCAGACACAUCACAGACAAGGACGAUUUUGCUCAAAACAGGGAGUUUAUCACACUGGUUGUUUACAAGACAGAAGGCAAGAAGGUCUACUACCCAGCUGACCCUCCUCCUUACAUCGAUGGGAUCCGCAUCAACAGUCCUCACUAUCUGACCAAGAUACGGCUGACCUCUGCAGGAACACACACCUUCACACUCGUGGUUUCUCAGUAUGAGAAGCAGAACACCAUCAACUACACUCUGCGGGUGUACACUGGAUGCAAAUUCACUUUCGCCAAAAUCCCAAAUCCCUUCACCCACACUAAAAGGAUCAAUGGCCAGUGGAAAGGAGUCAGCGCCGGCGGUUGUGGGAACUACAAGGACUCGUACAAAAACAACCCCAUCUACCAAAUAAACCUGGAGCGGCCCGCCCCCCUGCUGGUGGAGCUGCGUGGUUCCAGGCAGUACAGUGUCGGGUUUGAGAUGGUAACCGUGUCAACGGUGGGUGAUCCAGGAACGGCUUCCUUCCAGAAGAAGAACAGUGGAGAUUACAGAUGCGGUUUCUGCUACAUGGAGUUGGACCACGUCCCAGCAGGCAUCUACAACGUCACCCCCACCACCUUCUUGCCUAAACAGGAAGGACCUUUCUUCUUGGACUUUGCCAGCACUUCCCCCCUCAAAGUCUCCCAGCUCCAGUGAAGACAGAGUGCAGGACAAAAAACCAAACAGAAAAAGGGGAGGAAGGUAACGAAGAGAGGAAGGCAUUAUGGGAUCUUCAUAGGACUGCAGUUUAAAAAUGAGCAAAAUAAUGAGCGCUUCCUGCAGCUCCAGGAGUUCAGAAAGUGACUUCUGCUUUACUUCCACUGCCUUCACACAGUGCAGCCUCUCCAAGUUUAAAUGGGCAGAUGGUGGGUAUGAAGGUCUCUGUUAAAUGAACCAAGAAUAAUGCAUAGUUCUAUGAAAAACAAGGUUUGAUAAACUAUUAUUAAUAAUCUAAUCACGGGACACAAGACAUUGGCAUGAAAACACAAAUGUAAGGUAGUUGCUAACCUGGUCAGUUUAUGUUCGCUCAUCAUUGGCAUGGAUGUCAAAACACUUUUGGUCUUUUUAUGAGACAUUUGAACUUUUUUUUCCCAGAGUGGAAUAAUUAAACAACAUACUUUACAGUGGCUUUUAUUUAUUUUUUAUUUUUUUUAUGUGAAUCAAGUCCACAGUUUAUUUUUUACUUUUUCCCUAAUCCACAGAAAUUAAAAUAUUUAUAUACACUCCACUAAUAUUUGAAUAAAUUUCAGAGAAACCAACAAGAUCUUGAAAUAAUUCUGGGUGAAUAUUGAUCCUCUUCUUAUCAUCUGCUGAAUUACACCGCUCUCAUUCAGAAACAACCAAUCAGAGCCGGGAGGUGUGUCUUAGUGCUGCUAAUCACCCUCGUGUACACGCUGCUCACACUGUCCCGCUAGCUCACCACAAGGAGCUAGUUAGCAUGGUUACUGGUGAUGGAUGAUACAGAUUUUCUGUAAUGUUAAGUUGCUUCUCCACCAGUUGCACAUUGAGCAACGCUUGCAUAAGGUUGAUCGACUGUAUCAGGACCUUCCUCCAGGCUCUGAUUGGUUGUUUCUGACCGGGAACGGUUUAUUUCUGCAGAUGGCAGUAGAAGCACUGGCAUGAGCUUUCACAAAUUAUCUCACAUGUUACAAACAAAUAUGUAAGAGAAAACAUUGUUCACAAAAUUUAACACUGCAGCUUUAAGAUAGUUGUAUUAUUUAUUUCAAUAGCAUAAUCAGACGCUGGAAAAUUAAAUGCAGGUAUUUAACAAUAAUUGAUAAAGAAGAUUUUUUGACCUCCCUUCCCUGCUGUCUUGUUUCCAUUAGGAGACUUAAGAACAUCAACACAUAUCUUUCUUGUUUUUUUAAAGAGUGGCUAAGAAAAAUGGGUCUCACGCCAUAUUUUAGACCCAAGGAAAACAGGAAUGGAAGUGUUUCAGUUAUAUUUAUUUAACAUGGGGGGAUUUUUCAAUGUGAGAUCAAUCUACAGCAAUAAAAAAUGAAGGAUUUCACACUGUAUGUAUGUGUGCUUUAAGUAGAUUUGUAAAAUGAUUGCCAAGUUACUGAAUGUGUCUCAACAUCACAGUUUGGUUCUAAAGUUCCUAAAGCUCAUGAGGUCACUUUACUUCUGCUUCUACAGGAAUAAAAACAAAAAAAAACAAAAAAUGUUUCCUUGAGUUAGUUAUCAAAUCAGUCGACCAUGACUUAAUAUGAUAGAGAAAAACCUGAUGAGAUGGUAACAUAUUGUAAAGUGUUUCCACCAAUUGGCUGCCAACAAUGUCACAUGGCAGGAAAUGUUCUUCUUCUUCUGUACCUUGUUGUGGUUUUUAAACUCAGGAGCAGCACAGGGAAUCCAGCAUGGCGGCAUCUGAAUGAUGUCUGCUCUUUGUGUCAGUGUGGUGCUGAGUGAGUCUUCACUGCAGCACCUGCUUCUGGCAGGUGUCACUGUACUGUAUGUGUUCUACCUGAGUCUUUAUUGCCAAGUAUCCAUGCUCUGUUUAUCUUUGCUGCACUUUUUUCAUGUUAAUCAUGAAACUACAGCAGUGGAGGAAAUUAAAAUGUGAUUUUCUCUCAACCAACCUCGUCAGAUAAAUAUCUGCUGCUCACCGGGAGAAUAAGACUUGGAUCUGUUCUUUAUGUUAUACUAGAUUUCACUCAAUUAUGGCUUCAUCAAUGAGUGAAUAUUAUUAGACUCACUGGAGUUUAGUGCAGCUGAGAUUAUUUUUGACUUUUGAAACUGAAAAAGUGGAUUUAGGACAAAUUCUUCUCCAUUUUGGUGAAUUGAAUUUGCUAAACUUUUGUGGCGUCAGUAGCUCCAUCACAGUAAGGCAUACUGUGAUACUGCUAAACUCCAGAAAUACUUCUAAGUGGAUGAAAUGGGUUUAAUUUUAUUUUCAAUUUAAAAAGGCUGAAUAUUGUGACACUAGGGAUUACUGGUUACUCAAAAAAAUGUUUAAACAUUUUCAAGGAAUGGCAAGUCAUAUUACAUAACUCGUCAUUAGUUUUAGAUCUGCACAGAUGAUUCUCACAUAUUCUGUGCUUUCGGUUAUCAUGACCUUUCCAUUCAGACUCAUUAGAUUUCCCAGAAUGCUGUGUGCCAAAUGCUGACUAUAAUAUUUACCAUACAGCAUAAAACUGACUUUUGUUGACCACAACAUUCUGCUGCUUUACACUCAAGUUGUUUUAAAGGUUUAAACCCAUAUUUUUGACUCACCAUGUGCCACCAUGUGCAGUAAUAUGACUGGCUGUAAAUGGAAUGUUGGCUGGGCUGUUAAAGGGUAAAAUAAUAUUUUUUACAUGUUUCUUUGAAUUGUCCAUUAUCCAGAACUUCUGUGUACCAGUUGAUACAUAAUUUAUUGUCAUAAAAGCCAUUUUUCUCUGUCAUUCUAUUUUAUUUCUUUGAUUUGUUUACCAGUGAAGUGGUCUACAAAUGCAGCAGGACAAUCUUGUACCAGCCUGUUGUAUGAAUGUUGAUGUAAUGUUUGCAGAACUUGCACUAAAUGUUGAGUAGACUGAUGUGAUUUACUCAAAGUUUAAAUACAGGGAAAUGAUUAUAUCAGUUUCUGCCUCCAAGUUACUCAAUACAAGAUGCAUUUACCUACUUUGUUUAUAAAAAGUUCAUUCAUCCAUCCAUUUUCUUUACAUCACAUUUCACUGAAUUUGAGGUCGUUUUAGUCAUCCUGUUGUUGAUUUCCUGCUAUCUAUGGACUCUGUCUCCUGUUGCAGUACCUAAUUUUGUCCAGGUUUCAAAAACAGAAACAUUAAUGGAUGCUUUCAGAUCUGUGUUUUGUAAAGCUUUGUUCCACCAACUUUCGCCAUUACUGAGUUCGCUUUAGGAACUUCAGUAAAAAAAUAAAAUUUAAUUUUUAAUUUUUAUUUUUUUAGCUUUUUUGCCUUUAGCGGUCAUUAAUUAAGUGUAAAAAAAGUGGGAUGCUACUGUUAUAAAAUGAUUUGUAAAAUACAUUUUAACAUGCUUUAGCAUUGUGUAUUAGCAAUUAGCAUAGCUAGCAUUAUUACAACAGUGGUUUCUGUGUGUAAGACCCUUACCUGAACUCCAAGACUUUAAAAAUUCUGCAAACAUUUCUAAAUCCAGCAUGUUUCAUCACUGGUGAAUCUUAAAACCUUGCAAAGACUGAACUGGGCUACAUUGUAAUAAGUUCAGUGAUCUUGUUAUUACUCUCAGCCUGAAUUAAACACGUCAGUAAAUAGAAAUACUGCUUUCAAGCCGCUAUCUGAUUAUUCUUUUUUAAAAUUCUUAUUUAACUGGGAAAGUCCCAUUGGAAUUAAGAAGUUCUUUUUGUAUCGUUUUGCUUUCUGAUAAUAGAAAAAGUUAACUUUCAGUUAUGUUCACACAGUAACAACAUCCCCACUGAAGAGAGUUAGUCUCACUUGGGAACCCUUUAGGACUUAAGUAAGGGUUCACACACAGGAGAAAGAUGAGUUUUUUUCACGUGCGACUGACCUGUCAGGCUGGUAAACAAUGUAUUCAUGCCAGUGUGUAUUUUGUUUCUGACAAAUGAUCUCAUAUUUUACUUCGGAAUGCAUGUUAGUUCUAAGUUAGAAACAUAAAAAAUUGUCUAAAAUGUAUCUGUUAUUUCUUUGUACUUCUUGAUGUGACAUCAGGGAAAAUUCCAAACUUUUUCAUAAAUAUUAGUCACUGAUUAACCUUUCCAACUAUUGAGUGGUGGACUUCAGACCCAUUCCCAGAUUAUCAACACCACCAGUGAUUUCUUAAAGAUUUUUUUCUCUAAUCUUUGAUACUCAGUUAAUGCAAACCUUGAUUUCAUAGAGGUGCUUACACUUCCCAAUGUUUAGCCAUUCAAGCCAAAUUGAUUAGCUGCACCUGCUUUACUCAUUUUUUUCAUUUGGUUCCAAUAGUUUCCAUAAUUUUGCAAAUAAAUUAUCUCACUGUAGUUUUUCUUACAUCCACGUACCUUCCAGAUGGUCACUUUUAACUG